UUACCACAUUCUCCAAUUUGACGACUAAUUGCUGCAUCGAAGACGAUGAUGACAGAAAAAGACAAAGCUUCGAAAGCUGUGCCAAUUUCCUCUCCCUCUUGAGAAAUGGCGGAAUGGGUGAUGAAUUUUUUAAAUCAAUAAGCGAAGAAAUUCCGUGUUCUUCUUUUUCGGAUGUAUAAAUCGGAGACAAAAAAAUUAUCCUCUCUCUGUUGAUUGAUUUUCACUUUCAGCAUUUUUUUUCCGUCGGCAAACACGAAGGUUAUGUUUCCAAGGCUUGUUAAUCCCGACAGCGAUAUCCAGAUCCAUGGCGGCCGUGGUUCUGCUACUUCCGACCUCACUCACAGGGGCGACCCAUGUCUUGUUUUGACUUCAGAUCCCAAACCUCGCCUCCGAUGGACGGCUGAUCUUCACGAGCGAUUCGUCGACGCCGUCACUCAGCUCGGUGGUGCUAGCAAAGCUACACCAAAAGCAAUAAUGCGAACGAUGAAUGUGAAAGGACUGACUCUCUUCCAUUUGAAGAGCCACCUCCAGAAAUUCAGAUUAGGUAAGCAAUCAGGGAAGGAUAUGGGUGAGGGAUCUAAAGAUGGUGCAUAUCUUUUAGAAAGUCCCAGUACCAAUAAUUUCUCUCCUGACUUGCCAAUUUCUGAAAUGGCCGAGGGUUAUGAAGUCAAGGAGGCAUUGAGAGCGCAGAUGGAAGUGCAAAGUAAGUUACAUCUGCAAGUUGAGCUAGCUGACCUUACCAUCGUUGGGCAGGCAGAGAAGCACCUACGAAUUCGUCAGGAUGCCGAGCGAAGAUAUUUGGCCAUGCUCGAGAGAGCUUGUAAAAUGCUUGCAGAUCAAUUUAUUGGAGGUGCAGUGUCGGACUCAGACAGCAAGAAGUCCCAAGGACUGGAUCGUAAGAGCCCAAGAAGUUCCUCCGUCGACCCACUUGGUUUCUAUGCUUCACAAUCACAAGAGAUGGAAAGAAUGAAUGGCACAGAAGAAGUGCAGGCUAAUCUUCCUUACCAAAGAGCUGAUUGUUCGACUGAGAGCUGCCUAACCUCAAACGAGAGUCCCGGGGGAUUGACCAUGGAAAAAUCUCCCGUUGGAAGCCAGAAAAAAAUGGUUAACUUGGAUUCAGUAACUGCAUCUUUGAUUUGGAGUGAAGCCAAGGACAGAAUACAAGAUGCUAAUAUCAUCCAAAUUAACCAUCACAGUGCAUCCGGGUGCGACAUGUGGGGAUGAAACUCUGCAGACAAAAAACUCAUCAUGUUUGAUGAGAAGAGAAGUAUGUUCUAGUUUCAACUUUUGUAAAAAUUCCAUCAUUUUCAUUCAUAGAAACUGGUAUGAACUGAAGCAAGAACAUUCACUAGCAUGUAAAAUCGAGAAGUCGGUUUAGUUUAGUUCGUAGACAACUCGUCGAAAUGCAAGUAGUUAGGAAUUCUUUUUGUUGUUCUGGACAAUCACAGUCUAGUUAAUUUCUGUCUGACUUUUGGGAGAUCUGAGGAGUCCAUUAACAGGGUGUAAUCAGUAAUGUUGUGUCUGGAAACACAUCCUCUUUCUCUAAUCAGUAGUGAAAUGAACUUUGUCUUCCAUUGAUGAUGCCAAAA